GAUGUUUCGGGCACCAGCGAAUAAAUCAAGAUGGCAGCCCACAUGGAGAUCGAGGCAGCAGAUCGUGGCGGCUAUGAUUUCAAGGCAGACAAGUACCCAAAAGAAAUCACCAACAGUCUUCGUGCAUUCCAAGAUUCAUUAACCGAGGUGGAGAACGUUCUGGCUCCGUUACGAAAUGCUUCCAUGGGUGACGUUCACAGCAAGCUGCAAGCACUAGAUCGGGCGAAACUGGAGCUAGUGUCUGCUUAUGCCAUCAAUUCAAUGUUCUGGAUGUACCUCUGCACACAAGGAGUGAACCCACGAGAGCAUCCAAUCAAACAUGAACUGGGGCGUAUACAGAAAUAUAUGAACAGAGUCAAAGAGAUAGUGGAUAAAGAAAAUGCUGCCAAAUUGGACAAAGGAGCAGCCAAGCGCUUUGUGAAAGCUGCACUAUAUGAUGCCAAUGAAGGUAAGGACAAGCAGAAGGGGAAACGGAAAGCCACGGAUGACACACAGUCAGGCCCAUCAAAGAAAAGGUGACAUGCUGGACCUUAGACGAUCAGAAAAAUAUUCAAGCCAGCCAGAUGUCAUGAUAGGCCAUCAGCCUGGGGGUUUGGUCAGUAUCAAAUCAGGGCAUAAAUGAUUAUAAUGAGCAUGCGCAAGGUAUACCGCCCCUAUAGUGGUAACAAGCAUUUUGAUGGACAUU